AUGUCGUUCCGUAGGCUUCUCACCGCGAUGCGAUCGGCCAGAGACGCUUUGAACCGCGGCGCGCCUAUGGAUGGGCUUCUGAAGUCGUUGCUAUCAGUGAUUGUGAUAUGUUGUAUUGCUGUUUCAUCACCGCAAACUGCUUCAGCGAAGCCCUUCACUUUCAGCUUACCAGCGAGCUGGUCAUUAGCAGGAUUGGUGGGCACAGUGGGUGCCCGAUCAGACAGCAUAGAUCGUAAGGAAGCUGGUGUGAAGCCGUACUCCGGCCGUCGCGUGAGCAAUGACACCCUUCGUAUGAUUUACUUCCACGAUCAGACUGUGGCUGUAGUGGAGCUGGGGGAGGAAAAGCUACUGCUCAACUGCGAGCUUAUCGAGACUUAG